AACCAUCUUUACACCAUUCAAUCCCGAAAACAUCAAGUUCUCCCUCUUCGUAGAGAUUAAUCACAUUAGUCGGGUCCUGUAUAUAUAUACUGCUUCCGAGUGAGAUAUACUGGUUCGAAUUUGAGUUCAUUAAUCAUCUUUGCACCAUUUUCUUCUAAAAAUUUCAAGUGCUCUCUUUUAAUAGAAAUUGAUCACACACUACUUCCGACUGAGAUAUACUGAUUCGAUUUUGAGUUUACUAUGACUUCUCAGCUUGUACCAAUUGGCCAGAAACCGCGAAUGCUCAAAGAUUUCCUUGCAGACAAUUCUCAUUCGAAACGAGUGUCCUUUUUUCAAGAUAAUCUAAACAUGACAUUUUCUAACAGCGGAUUUUCCAAAUUUCUCAUCAAAUACCUCCCGUUUACCACCAAUAUUAAGCCUCCGUCAAUUUUACCAAGGAGCAUUACCAAGAGACUUUCUAAAUCGAGGAGCGUCAGUCGAAAUGUCAACAUGAAAGAGUUGACUGCUAAGGUCAAGGUGAAGGACAUCCUACGGUGGAGAUCAUUCCGAGACUUGGCUGAGGUGGAAUCUCAACCGUUGAAUUUUUCAUCAUCGCCUCAUCAUUGCACGACCGUUACUACCACGACAGGAUCUACCAGUAUGACGAGCAAUAGUGGCAGAUCUAGUUGGUGUGAUAGUGAUUUUACUGCCGAAGAUUUACCGUCAUGGUGCAGUAAUUCUGUGACCCCUAAGGGAAAAUGGUUAUGCGACGAGGAAAAAGAACAAAAUAGUCCGGUUUCGGUUCUGGACUGUUUCUCCGAAGAAGACGAGGAAUCGUUCUCAUAUUUUCACCAAACUCCUAGGAGAAAGCAAGCCGGAACAACAGAGUUGUUCGUGAACAAAACUCAUAAACACGAAGAACCGGAAAAUAGGGCGGAAGAGAAGGCAAUGCAGCUUCUAAAUCAGGUCAAAACAAAUAUAUCUGGAUAUCUAGAAGUCGAGGAAGAAUUUCUUCUCUUGGAUUUCUUUUCAGAACAAUUGACCGAAAACAAAAAGGGUGAUUAUGAACUAACGAAAGUAGCAAAUGAGUGGAUUAAAGGAGAAGAUGAAGGAUGUCUAGAGUGGAAAUUGGUAGGCAAGAAAGAGUUUAGUAUUAGAGAUAUGGAGAGAGGAGUUAAAUGGAACAAGUUUGAUGAAGAUGAGCAAGAAUUGGGAUUGGAAAUUGAGAAACAAUUGUUGAAUUGCUUAGUAGAUGAGGUAUUAUUUGAUUUUCUUGAUCUUUAAAUGAAAAACAAAGGCCCGAGAAUAAUUUUCAAAAAAAAAAAAGGCCCGAGAAUAAUAAUAAUUAAGUUAGGUAGUAGUACUAGUGUACUAGCGCACAAGCCCGGUUAGUUAUAAGAUCUGAAAGAGCUGCAGUCGUUUCUGUUUAUAAGAUUAGGGUAUUUCUGUCUCCAUGAGACAUGAGUAGUGUACAAAACGAUUAUUAUGUAGUAAUUAUGUAUCAUUGAUCAGGGAGUUAUAUAUCCUAAUUUCUUGUAUUGUUGAUUCAAAUAAGACUUUUUAAUAGGAAUUAUUUUACAUCU